GAAUCAGUGAACACAUGUCGUGCUUGCGGAAGCAUUCAAAAUUUACCUUUCCCCUCGUCCCAGUGUGUUAAUGCACGUUGAGAAACAAUCAUAUUGGCAAUGUAUUUUACACAUAAAUGUUACGGUAUCCUCCUACUUUACAUUCUAACAAUCACUCGGUAUCUGCGAGGUCAGGCUCACGAUUCGACGGGUAAAAUAAUAAUCCACACACCUGUUGAGUUCACAGAAUCCACACAAAAUCCUCUUUCAAGCGACAGUGUCUCCCGUAAUGAUAAACUGACUCAUUACACCCCGACGACAAAGACCAACGUCCGUCAAACAAACCAGUCAAGAAACCGCGUAGAAAUGCCAGCGCGAAGACAGAUCCACGAGACCAAGCCACGUGAAAUUGGUGAAUCAUACGAAAAUGUAUAUUUUCGCACGUUAUCUCCGGACUUUGGAGAUUUGAACAGAUCACGACUUUCAGGUAGAAAACGAAUGGUGGUAUUCAAUGAUAAGAACGACAAGUACCAUGCCAAACAACACGAGGAGAAGCAUUCGGAUGGUGUACCAUUUAAAUCCUAUAGGAAUAUCGAUUGCAAUCAAGGAAAAAUUCAGAAUUUACAUUGUGGAAAGUUUUCUAUCACAGGAAACGAUGAGAACCACUCACAAAUGGCAUACCACUCAAAUUCAGUAACUCCAGGAGUGCGUGCAGGAAAGAUCCGAGUUCGAGGUGAGAUAGCGAAAGCAGAGAGCUGGAUGAGAAUGGAGCCAGACGUAGAAUGUGGAGAUGAGUCUAUGACCCUCACUGUCAGAGGGAGACGAGCCCUACAUCUGUUAGUAGACAGAGCAAAUGCCUCUGCUGUCCCCCUGGCCCAACUACCCUCUCAAUGUGGCUACUCCGUCGAGUCGACCUGGCGAGACUUGACGUUUGUGGUACCUUAUAAUGCCUGUCACGUCAACCAAGAAGUGGAUGGUAGUUAUGUGUUGCCUCUGAUCUGGAGAGGGACCCCUGUGAAGAUGUCCUGCCCAAUGUCCCAGGCCCUGGCCCCCUCCUCCCUCUGCUGCUCAUCUCAGGGAAUGACUGUCAGACUGCAAGUUCAAGGAGCCAAAGAGGAGCUCAGAGUCAAGGUUAGAGGAAAAUGGAUGCCACUGCUUUCGCUGGCCCUGCAGUGUGGCUACAGUAUGGACAGGCAACAUGGAACGCUGCUCAUAUCUGCACCCUUCACUGCCUGUGGGAUCACAUCAAAGGAUGGAAAAUACACUCUCUCUCUUCAAAUAGGAGAGAAAGCCGUCACACUGGCCUGUCCUUCUCUGCCUGUCCAAGCAACACAACCCCUCCGACCUGCAGCAGAUUUUCCCCAUUAUGUAACUAUGGGCCCAACAAGCUCAGUUUCCUCAACCCUGCUGUCUAACCCUUCUUCCAUAACCCUGUCUUACCCAGUGCGUCACCCAUCCUUCCCAUUUAAUCCCCUGCCCACAUUGCCCCCUAAUCAGCCUCCCAGCCCUGGUAUCCAUGUUACUUCUCCCUUGACUACAGGCUCCUCUGUCCAUCCUCCCCUGGCUCAGCGUCUUCAGGCCUACCCAUUCUCUCAGUAUGACUACCUCCACACGAUGCCCCUCAGUGAGUCAUACCAGUCACCCCUCUCCUCUAGUCCCCCCUCUCAACUCCCAACUACAGGCCCCACUAAGUCGAAGCCAGGCCACACUCCUGUCCCAAGCCACCCCAACUACAAUAACCCCCAUGUUACUCAGUAUUCUUCCACUACAGCUGGUCAUCCAGUUCACUCUGAAGCCCUCACUCUCCUACCCCCUGAGUAUACUCGCCACCCAUACUACCACAACUACCAUCACCCCAACAUCCCUAUGUUUGAGCCACCUCAAGGGCCCAGUAAUGGUGCCAAGACGGGUACUUCCACCAAUGGUCCUCAGGUUGAACCACCUGCCCCUCACAACCUUAACCCAAUCUUCCGGGUGUUUCCGCACUACUACCUCUACCACCCCAAAGUGCCUCCCUAUAACCCACCCCAACACCCUUGGCCUGUUACCCCUGCCUCUCACUCCUCUACUCUCCCGGUUAGCAGUUCACAAACACACCGUCAAACUCCUGUUCCUCAUGUGCCUCACCCUCCACCCUAUCCUCACUACUACACCCCUCAAACACCCAGUGGUGAGGUCAAGAGAUCCCAUCACCCUGAUAACCCUUUUAUUAAUCUUCAAUCUUUGAAACCUAUCACUUCCCCUAUCUCAUCUCCCACUUUAAUAGAGAUCCCAUUCUACCAAUACACUCUUAAUUUUCCCUACAAGCCUCCACCGAUCCAGAAACAUAGACUUGGUCUCCAGACCAACAAUCCCUCUAGACCCAUGGACGAACAUCCUCCAGUUGUCCCAUCUCCCCCUGCGUCGUCUCCUGAUCAAAGUGGAAAGUCGCACCCUCAUGGUCACCUGAAAUGGCUUCCACAACAACAACCCUCCAAUUCACACACAGCCCAGAGUCUGUCUACUAGUUCUACCUCUGUUGCCCAUGCUGCAACCAAACCUCUUCUCUUUCCAAACUUCCCCCCGUUGUACUACCCUCAUCUGAAAUCACCCAUCAGCAACCCUCAACAAGAACAAAACCCUGUUACUGUCCUCCCCACUGCUCCGCCUGCAUCCUCUUCAACCUCUACUCCAGCAUCUGGCCAUCCAGUUUAUCCACACUACUACGAUCAUCCAUACUAUUACUACACAAUGCCUUAUGAUCCAUACAGAUUACCCCAACCUGUUGAUCAUGCAUUUUCUGCCCCAUCUAAAGGAGCUCCGACUCCAUCUCAGACCUCUGCUCAUCACACUAUGGAAACCUUUCACCAACCAGCCCUUCCAUAUGACUAUUCCCAGGCCAAAAUGCCUAUCCAGAUUACUACCCAACCUCGGCCUUCUCCUGCCACUAACAGUCCUCAAACCUCCACUCCAACCCCAGAAUCUACAACUCCUGAAAUCCCACCUUUUCCCUUUGACCCCUACUACCAUCCUGGAAUGUCCAUCUACGACCAGGACCAAAGCUAUGAUCCCAGUACACACGCCGAAAAGACAUCAGGGGCUCAAGCUUCCCUAGAUUCUGACCAUUAUAGAAGAGGAAGCUUUGCCCGCACUCCUGUGGCGAGUCCAACCCAUGCACCCCAUCCUACCACCAACCCCACUCAUAACCCCUCACACCAUCACAUCAUUCAUCCACAACCUUCAACCAUUCCUUCCCCUCAUCGUCCCAACCCAGGGCCCCCUGGAGAUCUGUCAGACCCCGUGAUGAAAGACCCUGGUUUCAAGACUGAUACACACACACCCUGUGGCUUGUCCGACCAGGACUGUGACGGAUCCUUAGGUUGCUGCUCUUACCUCGUGAAUGAGUGUACAUCGGGGCGUCAAUUUGUCUUUGCGGUCCCUGGCUCUCUGGUGGACCCCACGGUCUCCCAUCCCCCUCUACCUGUGGACAGCCAUGUGUCCUGUACCCCCCAGAGGAUGACCUCUGGCCUGUACAGUGUACCCCUGGAUGGCUGUGGAGUGCACAGAUACGAGGAUGGUCAGGCCAUGGUCCACUUGUUGGAGUUCAACGCUCUACUUUCCACACAACAUAAACACAGCACCACGUCUGAAGACUCACCUGUCCGGUUGAUGGUGGAGUGCAGGUCUAUUCCUGGUUCUCCCGGAAGGGUGAGGUACCAGGUGAUGAACACCACCCCUAGCCCCCCUGUCCCCACUCAGGGCUCAUUGGCUGUCCAGCUACGAAUCGCUACAGAUGAGCACUACAGCAGCUUCUACUCAGAGAAACAUCGACCACUCAGUCUACUUCAGGGGCAACCUUUGCACCUGGAAGUGGGUCUGCUGAGCCCCCCAGACAUGGACCCUGGCCUGGUGCUCCUGGUGCACUACUGUCUGGCCUACCCAGACACACCACGGGCCCGCUGGCUGCUCAUCUAUGAUGGCUGUCCCAGCCGUGGUGACUCCCAGGCCCCUCCCCCACCACCUGCCCAACCCCGUCACACCCGGAGGCUCACAAUCACCACCUUCCAGUCUUUACCCACAGGAAGUCCCUCCCACCUGGAGAUCUACUUCAUGUGCUCCACGGAGGUGUGCUCCCCAUCAGACGGGGACUGUAUUGAGGGCUGCUUCAGUUUAGAGUUGAUUUAACACUCCUAUAAUGGUUUGGACAAUUGUGAGCACAAGGUAGGAGUAUAAACAAUCUAUUUCUUGAAGUUACUAAAAUGUACUGUAUUAAUACUGUAGUGCUCAAAUGUACGUGUUUCUUAGUGUUCAACUUGACACAUUAACUGUUAUUCAUUUGUAGGACCAAAGCUGGACAACUGAACAAAUUAAUAAAUACACAUUUAAUCACAA